UGCUGCGGCGCGGCCGGCGACCGGAGCGCUCCUCAGAUCACCGAGAUCCGCGCCAGAUCCGGACGCUAUCUCGGCGAGAUCCGCGCGGAAUCGAGGAGAGAUCGAGGCGAGGUGGAGACCGGGCCGGAGUCGGGACGAGAUUCGUGUCGCCGCCGAGUCUCGGCAGGUGCUCCGAGAGGUGCGGCGCAGUCGCGGCCGAGUCGUCUGCAGACUUCACCUAGGUGCAUCCGUGAUCGUGUCGAGAUCCGAGAUCCAGCCGCCGAGACCUGCCCAGAUCCAGUUGAUAACGCCAAAGAUUUGCCCAGAUCCAGGCGACGUCCGGAAGAUAUGUAAACAAGAGGCUUAGCUGAAGAUCUCCUUGAAUCUCGUUAAUCCAAAGAGGGCACAUGGAAGAUCGUCCCGAGGCGGUAAUUAUUCCAUACAGUUCCGGAUACAUCUGCUAGACUGAGUACGGAACGCGCCGAACGCCGACACUUGAGGCGACUGCGGAGUAGGGGACAGGAGCGCUCGUCUAUCGGAUACGGCCGCUCGGUGACUGGCCGCUGCCCGAGGACAGAGUGACCGCCGGUCGUGAACGGAGUGCGCACUGCAUAGAAGAGAGCUACCGUCGAUUGUGGACUGUGUGGCAGUGCUGACUGCGGGCUGAGAGCCCGUGCGGACUGCGGACAGAGAGACCGUGCCGACUGCGGACACUGUGACCGCACCGGCGCCGCCCGCGCUGACCCGGCCGCCGGUUUUUGGUCGUCUCGGCGUGUUUUACCGGCACGCGGCGCCGACCGGGCGUGUAACGCGCCACGACAGCCGCCGUCGCGUCACUAAUGCACCGGCCGAUAUAAUCUGCGGCGAGCAGCGUGCCCGACUCCGGUCCAUGGUGACGGCGCGCCGUCCGUCCGACCAGGACCGCUGACACACGGGGCGCCAGCGCUGAGCUGAACUCACCUGCUGACACACGGGGCGCCAGCGCUGAGCUGAGCUGAACUCAACCGCUGACACACGGUCCGCCAGCGCUGAGCUGAGCUCACCCGCUGACACACGGGGCGCUGAGCUGAGCUCACCCGCUGACACACGGGGCGCCAGUGCUGAGCUGAGCUGAACUCACCGUCAGAGGAGACACGACAGAGACCGGAGACGGCCGGGACAGAGACGGAGGGAGGCCUGCCCCGCUGUGACGAGCCGGGAUCAACGUCACGUGCGAUGGCGUUUCCGCCGUUCGGCUCGGCGGCGCACGGCGUGGCCAACGGCGCGGCGGCCGGCAUGCUGCCCGGAUACGCCGUCAGCCGGCCCUCCUACCCGGUCAUGAUGUCCGAGGCGUUCCCGCCGGGCGUGCCCUACGGCGCCGUGUGUCACCUCUCGGCAGGCGCCGGCGGUAACGGUCGGAAGCAGCGCCGCGAGCGGACCACCUUCACACGACAGCAGCUGGACAUUCUGGAGGCGCUCUUCCAGAAGACGCGCUACCCGGACAUCUUCAUGAGGGAGGAGGUGGCCAUCAAAAUCAACCUGCCCGAGUCGCGCGUCCAGGUGUGGUUCAAGAACCGCCGAGCCAAGAUUCGCCAGCAGGCCAAACAGACGACCAGCAACGGCUCCGGCGGCGGCGGCGGCGGCUCGGGCCCCGACGUCAAGCCCAAGGCCAAGCCGCGCACGCGCACGCCGCCCACCGCGUCGACUCCGACGCACGCGGCGGCGGUGACGCCGGUGACGACGGGCACGCCGUCGCCGCCGGUGGUGGGUCCGCGCGACUCGCCCUACUCGCCGCCGGUGUCGUGCUCGGCGCCGCCGGCCAUCAGCUCGGCGUCCGCCGUGCCGCACCAGAGUUACGGCGGCGGCUACAACAGCAUCUGGAACCCGGCGGCGUCGCUGGCGCCCAUGGGUGACCUGACCGGUCAGGCGGGCAUGGAGCGCUCUUACCAGCCCAGUCAGCCGGCGGCCAACGCCUACUCGCAGUACGGCGCCUACUACGGCAACAUGGAGUACCACCUGAACUCGCACGGCCAGAUCAACCCGCAGGUGAGCAGCCACCUGAACACCAUGAGCCAAUCGCAGCAGGGCGCCGGCCCGGCGGCGCGGCACGGCCUCGGCUCCGAGUUCGACUACCGCUACCAGAACUUUCAGGUGUUGUAGGGGCCUGGCGCACCGGUCCACUGCCGGGCGGAGGGAGGCAGCGCGCGCCACCGCGCCGCCCCCCGGCCGACACGGACCUGCCCCAACGCCAGGAGAGUCGCCGGCCUCCCAGCGCGUCAGCUGCUGAGGCGCGGCCAUAGUGCCGAGCGGCCUGCCGAGAGCGGUGCCGGCGGACGGCCGCCACCGGUCGCCGCCAGCUCCACGUUGUGUUUCUAUGUGCGCGAGUUAGCGGCCGCGCGCGCCGCGACGGCGCCGCACCGUCAGCGUUUCCUGUGAUAGAGAGGACACCAGCUUACCUAGACUGUGCUUAGAUGAGCGUAGCGCGCAGUGGUCACCAAAGACGCGAGGUCGGGGGGCGCGGACGGCCCGCCGGGGGGCCCGCCUCCAGUCGGCCACAGCCGGCCCUUGGUGUUCGUCAGCCCCAGAGGCGCGGCGCGCGAGCGGCCGAUGCGUUUGAUCUUCAUAGAUGUGACACGAGUGUGUAUGUGUGUGUGUAUGGCGCGACUGACCUGGUGUGACGCGGGUCGCCGGGGUCGCCGGGCGGGCCGCCAGCUGCAGCGGGGCCCGCGGGGUCGGACGGUCAAGCCGAGCCAUGGGCGCGUGUGUGUGCUGGGGUGUGUAUAUAGCAGUGCGUCGGCCGCGGGCGCCAACGACGCCCGGCCAGCCCCGGCGGAGACGCUUGCUGUGGCGCCGAGCGAUUGUAGGAAACUGUUGAAUAAGUACAAUUUGGGGACAGCAGUGCACGUAUGUGAAACGAAUAAAAACAGAAUGUAA